UUCUUCUCCCGGGUGGGGAUGCUGUACUUUGAUAAACUAGAAAAGGAUGAAAGAAGUAGGUGUUUCUCCUUUGACUGCUCUUGGCAUUAGCAUUUUCCUAAAUGGGUGAGCUGACCAGGAGAUACUUUUGUCUCCCCUCACCUCUCAGUCCUAUUCUCACACUCACAGCUACCUUUGAGCUGGGGGACUUUGCAGAGCACAUUGUGGCUUGCAUUGGCUCAGCCCGAGUUCAGUCACCCAAAACCUUGCAGCUCUAUUUUGAAACAUCAUUCAAUCUGUCCACUAUGGAGUUUCUUUUCUUUUUUUUUUUUUUCACUCUUGCUUCUGACAUCAUUUCCCGAACACUAUAUUCACCGAGCUCUGUAGCCAGAUCGUCUCCUCAGCAUAUGAUUCAAGGAGCUCUUUGAAAUGGAUUUCAGCUCUCCUUUUACUCUGCUCUGCCUGCUGGUGAUAAUAACUGUUACUCAAGGCUCUGUCAUCUGGACCGGUGCGCUCAGCGGUGAUUCAGCAGUCUUUUCUUUGGAAAUCCAAAGCCUGCAGAAUUUCUCCAGCAUGAGCAAGGAGGAUAAGAAAUGCUCUACAACUGUCCUAAAUGAUACCUUGUUGGCCAAGUGUGGCACUUCUGCCAGUAGAUGGCUGAACUUAGAGAACGGCUCCCUAGUGCUGAGGAGUGUGGAGAAAGAUGAUGAAGGAAAAUACGGAUUUGUUUUUCAGAACACCAUCAGAAAUUUUACAUUGGAAGUAUUUGAGCCGACCAUUGGUAUCCAGUGCUUCCCUGAUGGAACUGCAGAGCUCUCCUGCAACAUGGCCAGCAACGAGAUCCUGGUCUUUCGGUGGCUGCUGAAUGGCACCCACCUGAAAGCUGAGGGGGCUUGCAUUAAGGAUGCUGGGAAGAAAGUUCACCUGGGCAGAACUGAGCCUGGGGAGUUUGUGUGUGAAAUUUUGAAGGGGAACAGUGUCACGAGGACCAGGCCCAUUACACUGUCUUGCAGCUAUGACCUGCUGCGGUACCCGGGGUUCGUUUACAUCCUGGCAGGGUGUGCAGCGGGUGUGCUUAUCCUGGUGGUGGCUUUGCCUGCAGCCAUAUGUUGCUGCAUGAAGAGGAGACACAAGUUCAUCCCAGUGCCUUCAGAGGAGGAGAAGGACGACGGGCUAACAAUGUCAGUGGUGUCCGGUGAAGGCACGAAGAGCCCCCGCCGUGGAGACCGUGUGGAGGCUCAGGCUGCCCACACGGACCGUGCCCCGAAGGCUGAUGCUGCCCAGAUUGGUCAAGGUGUUGAGCCCCAGCCACUGGCAGAAGAAAACUUACCAGUGCAGAUAGAAGCUGAGGAAAUGCCAGAUGCUGAGGUCCUAGUUGAUAUGGAAAGCCAGGAAGAUGCCUCAGACUGUUUCCCGGAUCCAACUGAUGACUGAUCUGCCACGCUUGCUGUUCCACCCUGAAGCCUGUGACACUUGUCCUUCGCAUCCCAUAGUCUCACUGUGUCUGGAAAAUUUUAGCAGGGGAAAGACGUCAGGUGUCAGACCUUCUGACCUCAUUUCAAAAGAAAAAAGAAAACACAGAGAAAAGCACACACAUGGCUUCAAGGCCCACUCCCCUGGCCUGACAGGUUCACCCACAAACAAAAGGGGCAGCUCUUUGAUGCUUUGCCUGAUAACAGAGCUGCAGCUAAACUGAGGAGCCCAGGGGACAGCCUGGAAUGAGAGGGCUCCUCCUGCUCCGUGCCCACCCCAUGUCUUGCCGUGUCUGCCAGCCAGGGCAGGCAGUACAGGCAGGUUGAUGUGGCCUGCCAGUCCCAGGCAGAAGCCAAAGACUUGCCAGAAAUUUCCUGAGAAAGCUUCUUCUCGGGAGA